CCACGAGGAUUGAUGAAGACUCUCGCAAGCUGCGAGGGCUCUGGUGAGAAAUCACGCUAGGCUCGUUAUGGACUAACUUCGGGUUUCGAGCAUCGAGAGCUUUCCAUACCUAUGUCACCUUCCACCAAGUUAGAUAAAACUCGCUGUUACGCGGCUAGGCUGCCGUUCAAGCUUUUAAGCGCCGCACUCUCACAGCCAGCUCUGCCGCGAUCCAUCUUACAACCCACGUUGCGCAAAUCCCCGCUACCCCGCCAUGGACGCCGCUCGCAAAGGCGAAGCUGCGCUCAGCGCCAGCAACUACGACGAAGCUGUCCAACACUUUAGCAACGCCAUAGUAUCGAAUCCAGUCGCCGUCAAGUACUAUAUCAAUCGCUCUACAGCUUACCAGCGCAUCAAAAAAUACACCGAGGCGCUGGCUGACGCCGAAAUUGCCGUCGUCCUUGCGCACAAGCGCGGUACUCGAGAGCUCAUCAAAGACGCUCAGUUCCGCCGUGCUCAGCAGCUCUUUUUCCUCGAACGCUAUGCCGAUGCGCAACAUGUCCUGGAGAUCGUGAAGAAGCUUGACGACAAGGAGAAGACGCUACCCAUAUGGAGCUCGAAAGUCGCGAAGAAGCUACAGGACAUCCCCGAGGACGACGAGAGGCGGAAGAUCACGGUGCAAGACGUCCCAGAUGUGGAUGCUCCCAGCGCACCGCAAGAGUCGGCAAUCAAGAAGACAGAAGCGCCUGCGGCAGCUCCUAAGCCUGCCGUGCCUACACCUGCGAACAAGAUCAAGGAUGACUGGUAUCAGAGCAACGAUACAGUAACAAUCAACAUCCUAGCAAAAGGUGCGCCAAAGGACAAGGUUGCUGUUGACUUCGAUAAGGACUCUAUGUCUGUGUCCUUCCCUGUCAUGGGCUCGGGUGCCGAAUACAACUUCAGUCUCGACCCUCUCUACGCGCCGAUCAAACCCGCAGAGUCCAACUUUCGCGUCACACCAAACAAAAUCGAGAUAACGUUGAAGAAAGCAACACCCGGCACUAAAUGGAAAACAUUAGAAGGCGAUCGCCAAGUGGAGGCUUCUGAAGAAUCGACGAGCACCAUUCCGCACCACAUCCUCUCCAGCAAGCCAGCCCAGGACUCUGCUCCUGCUUACCCCACAUCAUCCAAAACAGGUGUGAAGAAUUGGGAUAAGGUCGCUGCAGAGGACCUCGACGAUAAGGACGAGAUUGAAGGCGACGAAACAUCGCACUUCUUCAAGAAGCUCUACGGUGGUGCCACAGCGGAACAGCAGCGCGCCAUGAUGAAGUCUUAUCAAGAGAGUGGUGGCACGGUCCUGAGUACUGACUGGAGCAACGUUGGUAGUAGAACGGUUGUGCCAGAACCCCCUGAGGGCAUGGAGGCGAAGAAGCACUAGAUACAACUGGAGCGUAGUCCGACCUGGGACCAUGCUUCCGGAAGAUAUACUAUCGAACCCACGACGGGUAGUCCCACACUCUCGACUACUGUCUUCACGAUCGAAGCGAGUUACGCAUCACUUCCAGAACACAUUCAUGCAUCUGAAUCGACAUACUACAUCCAAGCUGAGGGCCAUCGUCUAUUUCCUGCAUAUCAACAGAUCUGUCGACGAUCUCGUCAAGUCCAACGUGAUACUGCACAACACUGUCCCGCUUUGCCACAAUGACUGACCACGACUGUCAAGAGGCCGACUGGAAAGCAUGAGGCUCAAUUGCAGUCGCCAAUACCUCUCGUUCUAAUGCUCUCCUGUCUACGUUCCCGGAUUACCGAAUUAAUGGGCGCCGAAGGCCGAGUUGGGAUCAUGAUCAACAUCACAUAGCAUAAAUCACAGCAAUCACACCUA